AAUCAACCCCAUCAGAUAUGAAAACCUUGGUUCUGUCCUUGCUGGUGGUUGUGGCUAUGGCUGAGAGACCGUCCCUCUCCUACAACGCCCCUGCACCCCACACAUCCUCGCCCGUUCAGCAGAUCCCCAUCAUCCGCGACGAGCGAGUCCAUCCUGCCGCUGACGGAACUUACAGCUUUGAUGUUGAGACUGGGGAUGGCAUCGUCAGGAGCGAGUCUGGCGGUCCAGGUGGCGCUCAGCAGGGAACUGUGAGCUUCACCUUCCCAGAUGGUCAAAUCUUCAAUCUUCAGUUCGUCGCCGACGGUAAUGGUUACCAACCACAGUCGCCCUUCCUUCCCGUCGCCCCUGCCUUCCCCCACCCAAUCCCCGCCCACGCCCUCGAGCAGAUCGAGCGUGGACGACUUGAACUUGAAGCUCGUGCCCGCGAAGAACAGCGUCAGUCAUCAAGCCAGAGACAAACAACCCCUUCUCGCCAUUAUGGUGAACCUCAGUAAAGGGGCCUCCCAGUGAACUUCCAACAUCCUUAUAUUUGUUAUCGUAACAU